AUGCACACCUCUGGAUUUGCACCGCCCUUCAGGCCCCUGGAUUUCGUCGGGAGCAGCAGAUCUGCGUUUUCGACGACACCGCUACCGAAGACGGUAGUGCUCGAUGCAGCGUGGACAAACCUGUCGCCAUCAACAUCAACUCUCCGGUCAACUAUAAAAGAGCAGUCAAUACCGGUGGCGCCUUGUGGGCUCGGCGGCUGUGCACAGACGCAGACCGCUAAUCCAUUCACUCUUGUCAUGCAGGUUAGUAAAGCUUACAGUCUUUUUUCUAAGAAGUCUAGCAAUCGUUUCCUGCUUCAGCUGCCGAGCCCGCACUGCUACCUUCUUGUCGCUCUUGAGUGUUCUGAUGUAAUUCGUGCUUUGUUGAUGAUGUCGGGUGAUGUCGAAAGCAACCCGGGCCCGGACUCCGAUGCUUUACUAGCUGAAUUGAAGAACUUGUCUGCUGGACAGUCGCAAUUAAUCAGUCAGGUUCAAGACCUGAAAACUCAUCUAGUGUCGACGGACAAAGCUAUUGCUGAUCUGGGCAGGCGCAUGACUGAUCUAGAGGGGCAUUAUCAAAAUCUUGUCUCCCUACGCUCUGACUUCGAAACCGUGAAAACGUGUACCGCUCAAGUGGCCACCGUGGUACACAGGCUUGAAACGCGUAUUGAUGACGCCGAGAACCAGUCACGACGCAAUAAUCUUAUUUUUUAUGGCCUCCCUGAAUCAACUGGAUCAGAGACGUUUGCCCAGACCGAGCAACUUAUCAUCAAGCACUGCCAGGAUCAUUUGAAUAUUUGUAUCGAGCCGAAAGAAAUUGAGCGCGCACAUCGUCUCGGUCAUCGCACAGAUACUAACCGCCACCGUCCUAUCAUAGCGAAAUUCACCUUCCAUAAAACAAAAGAAUUGGUUCUUUCUCACGGCUGCAAGUUCAAAGGAACCAGCUUCAGCGUUGGAGAGGAUUUCUCUGGUUCCGUACAAAACGCUCGCCGGCAUCUCGUUACUUUCGCUAAAAGCAAAUCAUUACCUUUCUCUCUGCGAUUCAAAACACUGCAUAUGGGCCAUAAGCGCUACGUCUACGACGAGCAAACACAAUCUGUCAAAGAAAUAAUAUAG